UUGGUUAGCGGUCUCUGGUGACACACUCAUCUACACUUUUUUCAGAGAAGAAACAUGUCUGACGCAGUCGCCGCCGCUCCAGCUCAAGCCGCAGCACCAGCUCCACCAACACAUGCACCAAUGACACCACACGUGAGUUAGAGACGCAGAGUGGGGCUAGGGUAGAGACAACUAGAGAUCAGUGAGAGUUCGAGACGAUUAGAGACGCAGUGGAAGAAUUCUGUCAGAGCAGACAACCAGAGUAGAAAUUAGAGAAUGCAAGACGGCGAGAAGAUACUAGAGACGCAGAGGAAGUAAGAACAGAUUGACAGAGGCGUUAGACGACUAGAGUAUGUUAGAUAGCUGGAGGAUGUUAGAGACGCAGAGCUGGGCUAGGGUAGAGACAGGUAGAGGUGGUUAGAUAGCACAGGGAAGUAUGGACAGCUAGAGAUCAGUGAGGGUUCGAGACGACCAGAGAAAUUUAGACAUAUAGGUACUGCUAGAGAGCUAGAGGAAGAAUUCUGUUAGAGCAGACAACCAGAGUUAGCUAGAUAUCACUUGGAGUUAGAGCUAAAUGCUAGAGACGCAGAGGAAAUUGUUGACUAGAUUUAACGAGACGAUGGAGUGUUAGACGGGUAGAAGAGGCUAGAGAGCACGAGGAGGUUGGAGACAUCAUACUCUUUUGAGAGAAUCAGACAGCUAGAGUGCAUCAGAGAUCACGGAAAAGUAGAGACUACUAGACGGUUAGAGAUCACGAGGACAUGGAAAAUUCAAAUCUAAAACACCUUGUCAAUAGAGCGCACUUCAAUUUUUCAAAUCCUAGUGGCCUCUAUCAAUCUAAAGGUCACGGGUUCAAUCCCCGGUGCCUCCUGUUUCUGAACUGCCACGUCAUAACUCACGAGGCCUGCGAACACUAAUUUCCUUGGUCUUCCAGUCUUCGCCUCAAUUUCCCCCUCGAGACCAUAAAACAUUUUUUCGCUCUUCACUUUGAGCAAGGCCAGCGAAAAAAAAAACAAAAAUCCCCCUGAGAUUUUAAAACUUUUUUUGUUUCUUUCUUCUUUUUUUUGAUUCAUACAUGAUGAUUUUCAUGUUUUUUUUUUGAAUAAAAAGAAUAAGAAAAACAAAACAAAAAAUCGCGGAAAAACAAUUUUUAUAAUGGCUCCUUCUUCCAUUCACGGACCAUUGAAUUGAGCGAGACGCGGAAAAAAAACAUUUUUGUUGGAAAUUGGGGGAGGAAAUACGAAAAUGUUUGCUACUUUUUUUCAAUUCGAAAGAAAAACAAGGAAAAACAAAACAAAAAAAAACGCCAGCAAACACACAAAAUGCGUCAGUGAAUUGCAGUUAGCGCUAAAAAUUCAUAUGCGCUCCAUUGAGAAAAUUGCUCUGUAUGUUUAAAAUUUGAAAUUGCCACGUCAUCGUGCUCUCUAACCUACUCUCGUUGUCUGAUUCUCUCAAGAGAGUGUUUUGUUUUCUAUGACGUGUCUGCGUCUCUGACUCCCUUUAGUUACCUGAUCUGGCUCUCUACACGACCAUACAAGGCGCCCGUUGAGUCAGACGCAAGACGACGAGAGUAUUUUGCAAAAUUAUCUCGAGAUAUUUUCAAUAAAACAUGUGUCCCUUGAAAAAAAACACGGUAUUUUUUCAAAGGGACACAUAUUUUCUCAAAAAUAUCUCGAAGCGAUGUCUUUCUCUGUCUCCGAUGACGUCAUCACACUCCCGUCGUCUCUCGUCUGACCCGAGGGGCAAUUUUCUAUUGGAGUAAAUGGUCGUGCUAUGGCUUGUCUGCGUCUCUUACUUCCUCUACCUGUCUAUCCUUCACAUGACCUGGCUAUCUCCACUCUAGCCCCCUCUGCGUCUCUAACCUCCUCCAGCACUUAAAAAUAAAAUGACUCAUACUAAACAUUUCGUAAUCCCCCCCCCCCACAAUUAAAUUUCAACCCAUUUUAAUGAGAUUUUUUCACCCCCCCAAAGGAAUUUCGUCACCCAAAACACCAAAGCCGCGCAAUUAUACGAGAAAAAUGUGAUUUAUGCGAAUUGGAAGAGCGGGGGCUCAUUGAUCAUAGAAAGACAUUAAUUUCCCCCUGCCCAACUCAACCCAAUUUCUGUUUUAUUCCAGAAACACUGCAAUACUCGUGAUCGUUUGUUCGGCGACCAACCGGCCAAAGUUGCAUCGCCGAAAAGAGUGAGUUAGCGGAACUUGUUGCUCAAAAAUCCACUGAAACGUAUUUUUUCCUUCUCACAGGUCACCCCAACUUUCAAAUCUCAAAUCUUCGACGAAGCUCCAGCCUCACCACAAAGAACACCAAAACGCGCCAUCCCAGUCAUGUGUGAGUUUUUUUUUUCCGGAAGGCUUCCGCGCCGGAAGCUUGCGGAUUACCGGAUAAAAUUAAAAUAACUGGUUUUUCAGCAAGAAAUCCAGUGACUGGCGAAAUCAAACCAUCACCAUCUCAACAACAAAUCGCUGCAUGA